CAAGAUUGUACGUUGGAUUUCUAUAUAAAGACCAGAUUGAUAUGAAGCUAGUAUAAGAAUCAUCGAUCAAUCGAGCAUUAACCACCUUCCACUUAAGUUACAACAUGGCUCUUCCGUAUCUUCUCCGAAUUAGUUUAUUGCAGUCAUUCUCUCUAAUUCUUCUCGCCACCCUUAGCUCCUUAAACUCUCGUAGUUCAGUCGUCGGUGCCGUUAGCGCCGUCACACAAUACAGCACCGCCGACUGUCUCGCCCUCCUGACAGUUAAAUCGCAAUUAUCGGAUCCUUUAGGAGCCUUGUCCUCGUGGAGCAACAAAUCGCUCCAUUGCUGCGAGUGGCACGGUGUCACUUGCGGCAUGCGACACCCGAAUCGUGUCACUUCUUUGGAUCUUGAUUCCUACGGCAUUAUCGGCUCUAUCUCACCCUAUAUUGCCAACCUUACCUUUCUUCGCAGAAUUCACCUUCCGAACAACCAACUUCACGGUCACAUUCCUCGAGAGCUUGGCCAUCUCUCCCGACUUUGGUACCUCAACUUGAGCAUGAAUUCUCUCGAAGGCGAACUCCCAUCCACACUGUCUCAUUGUUCUCUACUGCAAACCAUCAGUCUAAGGGACAACAAGCUCCACGGUCCCAUUCCUUCUAAUCUGAGCCACUGCUUGAACCUUGAAAUUGUAAGUUUAAGUAACAAUAUGUUCAGCGGAGAAAUCCCCGCAGGUUUUUGUUCUCUUCCUUCCUUACUUUGUUGCAUUCUUAGCAAUAACAAUCUCACGGGCGGCAUCCCUCCUCUUCUAGGAAGCAUAUCCUCAUCGAUCAAUUACGUCGAUCUCUCCAACAAUACUCUAACAGGAAAUAUCCCCCCAACUAUAGGUAGUGGUGGGUCCUUGACUUAUCUUGACCUAUCGAGCAACGAGCUCGAAGGAGUCAUUCCAGUUUCGCUAGGUCGUUGUUCAUCUCUUUCGUAUCUCAAUUUAUCAAAUAAUAAUCUUAUUGGAAGUAUCCCUUCUUUAUUAGGUAUAAGCUCAAACCUUAUUUUGCUCGAUCUCUCGUUAAACAAUCUAUCAGGCAACAUACCGUUACCGCUUGGCAAUAGCUCAUCCCUUGUUUACAUUAAUCUUUAUAGAAAUAGUUUGACAGGAGGUUUACCUCCGUCGUCUUUCCCUUCACCCCUCGAAUAUUUGGGCUUGUCGACAAACAAACUGUCAGGAGGCAUACCAUCUUCACUGGGGAAUUACUCAUCCCUUUGUUUUCUCUACCUUGCUGAAAAUAACCUCCGAGGAAGCAUUCCAGACAGUUUAGGCAGCUUACCAAACCUGCAAGAGUUGGAUUUGUCCUUAAAUAACUUGUCCGGAGAAAUCCCGCUUCGCUUAUAUAAUGUCUCAUUGCUCACCUACCUUGGAGUCGGAGACAACAGCCUCUCCGGAAUGCUGCCGCCUGACAUGGGCCUCACUCUUCCUAACCUUCAGAAUUUGAUCUUACAAACGAAUAAGUUUGAAGGGCCCAUCCCGCAUUCGUUGUCCAAUGCUUCCGGACUUCAAACAAUUCGGCUCGCAAACAACUCAUUCAGCGGACUAAUCCCUUCCAAUUUUGGCUCCCUAAAGAACCUAACGCACCUAGAUAUUGGUUGGAACCAGCUCCAAGCUCAUGAUUGGAACUUCCUGGCUUCCCUGACCAACUGCAGCCGUCUGCAGAAAUUAUUUUUACAGAGCAAUAAACUUGAACGCACGCUUCCGCGUUUCGCAGGCAAUCUUUCCCCCACGCUCGAGUGGCUACUGAUCGGGAAGAAUCGCAUAUCAGGGAGCAUUCCUGCCGAGCUAGGAAACCUCGUCGGCUUAACAUUGUUAUACAUGGAUCAAAACCUUUUCACCGGAGAAAUUCCAGCCGCCAUUGGAAACCUUCGGAACUUGCAUAUACUGUACUUGUCCGGAAAUAGACUAUCAGGCCCGAUCCCUUCUACUUUCGGCAAUCUCACUCAGCUGAACGAGCUUUAUUUACAAGAAAAUGAACUUCGUAGCAGCAUUCCUGCAAGUAUAGGAAGUUGCAGAUAUUUGGGCGUGUUGAACCUUUCUUAUAAUUCCUUCUCCGGAGCAAUACCCCGAGAAUUGGUUAGCUUGUCCUCUCUCUCUCAAUACCUUGAUUUAUCUCAUAAUUCUCUCAGCGGAUCACUACCGGCGGAAGUGAGUAACUUGGUCACCCUUGUCCACUUAGACCUCUCUGAGAACCAAUUAUCAGGCGAAAUUCCUCCGUCGCUUGGCGAUUGCCAGCUUUUAGAUUACCUUAGCAUGGAUGGCAACUUCUUUCAAGGAAACAUCCCUCAAUCUUUCAAGAAUUUGGAAGGCAUUAAGGAGCUCGAUCUCUCGCGAAACAAAUUGUCCGGACCGAUCCCAGAGUUUUUCGAGGCUUUCAAUUCUUUGUUGUAUCUAAACUUGUCGUUCAAUGAUUUUGAAGGCGAGGUGCCAAAGGACGGCGUAUUUAGCAAUAUCAGUAAAUUUUCUGUCGUUGGAAAUGCGAAGCUCUGCGGUGGCGAGCCAAUGCUGCGAUUGCCGACAUGCCCUAACCAUGUCUCCAAGAAAAGGCCAAGUCCCCACAUGAUCAAGGUGAUAAUUGUAAUCUCCUCUGUCGCUCUGUGCUCACUAUUGUGUUUAUUAAUUCUUUGGCGACUACUGAGGAAGAGUGGCAAAACAAGUACCGAUACAUCAUACUUAGAGGACAAGAAUAAGAAGGUAUCCUACAACGAUAUUGUGAAGGCGACAAACGGAUUCUCUUCCGACAAUUUGGUAGGUUCUGGAAGUUUCGGUUCCGUGUAUGUAGCAAAAUUCGAUUUUACGAGGAAUGUCGUUGCAGUGAAAGUUUUCAACAUUCUUCUGAGUGGGGCUGUUAAGAGUUUUAGCGCCGAAUGCGCAGCUUUGAGAAACAUCCGUCACAGGAAUCUCCUCAAAGUUAUUACGUCUUGCUCAAGCAUUGAUUUCGCUGGAAACGAGUUCAGAGCUCUGAUCUUCGAGUACAUGCCUAACGGAAACUUGGAAAAUUGGCUGCAUCCGAACGUUUCCGGGCAUCCUCAAACUAGAAGGUUGAACCUGAAGCAAAGGCUAAACAUAGCUGCGGACGUGGCAUUUGCUCUAAAAUAUCUGCAUCACCACUCUGUCUCUCCUAUUGUUCAUUGCGAUCUGAAGCCGAGCAAUAUUCUUCUGGAUAAUGAUAUGAAUGCUUGUGUCGGCGACUUCGGCUUAGCGAGGUUUCUCUCUCUGUCUCAUUCUACAACGUCGACUACAAAUUCAACAAGCUUGAUUGCGCUAAAAGGAUCCAUAGGAUAUGUGGCUCCAGGUAAAGUUCAUCAUAUUCCUUUUUUUUUUUCAUCAUCAUCUCGUAUGAAACUUCAUGUUUGCUUUAGAAAUGCACAAGAUUUGUUAACUAUUGGAGGUUUGCAAUAUUAAGAUAGCAGAGGGGCUAAAACGAAAAGGUAGGCAGGGUUCGAACCCAGGAGUGGAGCAUUUCCAUGCAAUUUUUUUUUUUACUAUAGAGUUGUUGUUUUUUUUUUUUUUUUUUUUUUUUUUGUCNG